AAGAAGAAACAAAACAAUCCCAAACAAGGUUCAACAAUCACACUUUCCAAAGUGACUCUCCAGUAGCUUGGUCACAACCAACUCCAAUAAGAGAAACAAAAAAACAAAAAGAUAGACAAAUGAACGAAAAAUAUCUCAUGGAUAGAAACAAUAAAAGAAGUAGGUAAUAUAAUAACAAAGGUAAUAAGUAACAUGAACUCAGAAAAAUCAAUAAUAGAAGUAGUCUCAGAAGGCAUCAAAGAAACUAUGCCAAUAUUAAAGAAUUUGUUUAAAUAUCUAAAUGAAUAAAACAAUAUUUUGGAAUUCAAGAUCAGUUCUAAACAAACAAAAAAUAGAAUUAGAAUACAUAGUAGAUAAAGAACAACCAGAGUUGAUAGAAAUUUGUGAAACAUGGUUAAAGAAUAAUGAUACAUUUACAUUGCAAGAUUAUCAAGUAAUACAAAAAAGUAGAUUAGAUCAAAUUGGAGGGGGUCUAGCCUUUUGCAUAAGAAAUGAUAUACAAUUUCAGAAAAUAAAUUUAAAUGACAAUUAUGAAGAUAGAUUAGAGACAAUAGGAUUAAAGAUUAACUACAAAAACAAAUGGUUAAACAUUCUUCUAAUGUACAAUCCUUGCAACAAUAUAAAAACAGAAGAACUAGAAUACUAUACAAAACAAAUUGAAGAACCAAAACUCAUCAUAGAUUUUAAUGCCCACCAUAGAAGUUGGAACCCCAAACUAAGAAAUUGGUCAAUAAACAAUACAGGCAAAUCUAUAUUUGAAUUUAUCAAUCAAAACAACAUAAUCUUGUUAACACCACCAGGUCUAGUAACAAGAAUAGACCCUAAAACUGCUAAAGGAACAAGAAUAGACCUGGUAUUAGCAUCACCAAUAUUAAGCCAUUUAGAAAUAGAAACAGGCCCAAAUCUAGGGAGUGAUCAUCUCCCAGUAAUUAUAAAUGAUAAUAAUUUCACAAAAAUCUCUCAGUCCAGAGAAAGAAUGGAAAUACACAGUGGAAGGAUGGGGUAAUUUUCAAAAAGAAUUAUCAGAUAUAGAUCUAAAUAACAUAAACUCCAUGGAAGAAAUAAUGAAGAUUUUAAAAGAGACGGGAUCGAAUUGCUUCAAAUUUGAAAGUGGAAAUAAUGUAAAUAAACCAAAAAAGCCUUGGUGGAAUGAAAAAUUGCAGAGAAAUAACAAAAAUGAGAAAUAGAGCAUUCAAUAAAUGGAGGGAAAAAAACAAAGAAAACCAAGUAGUAUAUAAAACUCAAGUAAUAAAAGCAAGACAGACAAUAGAAAAAGAGAAAGGGGAAUCUUGGAAAACUUUUGCUCUUUAGAUUUCAAAACCCCUCCCA